CGCGUGGGAGCAACAAUGGGAAACAAUAUGUCAGCGUCCAUGUGCCGUGUGUUUACAGCUGUUGCGUUUUCUCAGGCCAUUUUUUAGCAAGCGCCGAAAUGUCCGACGAACCUAAUGACACGCCUGCUGGCCCUUCGGGCGAUAGUGCCUGGUCCAUGCCUCUGCCGGCGUUCACCAAGGAGGACAACCCGCAUGGAGUGCUGUGCGAGAGUGCUUUUGCCACCCUGUUUCCCAAGUACCGUGAGAAGUACCUGCGUGAGUGCUGGCCUCUCGUCAAGAAGACGCUCUCCGAACAUGGUGUCAACGCUGAGCUGGACGUUAUCGAGGGCAGCAUGACGGUGACGACAACGCGCAAGAUGUGGGACCCGUACAUAAUUCUCAAGGCACGCGACAUGAUUAAGCUCCUGUCACGCAGUGUACCAUACGAGCAGGCCAUCCGAGUGCUGGAUGACGGUGUGGGCUGUGACAUUGUGAAGAUUGGCAGGCUGGUGCGCAACCGGGAACGCUUCAUCAAGCGACGACAGAGGCUGCUGGGACCCAAUGGCACCACACUCAAGGCCAUUGAGCUGCUGACCAACUGCUACGUCUUGGUGCAGGGUAACACAGUUGCUGCGCUCGGGCCAUACAAGGGACUGCAGCAUGUGCGCAAGAUUGUGGAAGACACCAUGAAGAACAUCCAUCCUGUCUACAACAUCAAGGCACUGAUGAUCAAGCGGGAGCUGGCCAAGGACCCUAAGCUGCGCAAUGAAAACUGGGACCGCUUCCUGCCACACUUCAAGGCCCAGACGCUGUCCAAGCGCAAGAAGCCCAAGAAGCAGCGUGUCAAGGGCGAGUACACACCCUUCCCACCACCACAGCCAGAGAGCAAGAUGGACAAGGAGCUUGCCUCGGGGGAGUACUUCCUCAAGGAGCGUGAGCGCAAGGCCAAGAAGAAGCAUGAAAAGGAGCAGUCCAAAGCUGAGGCCGAGGUCAAGCGUCAGGAGCGCCGCAGCAAGUCCUUCCAACCACCUGAGGAACCCAAGUAUGUGCCCAAAAAGCAGCCAGCUGCCGAGAAAGCAACUCCCGUCGACAUUGAAGCACUGAAAAAGAAAGUGAAGGCUUCAUCAAAGAAAAAGCCAGAGAAGAAGGUCCAGUGGCAAAGCUGAGUGGCAGAAGGUCCACAACUUUAUCGCAACUGCUGGAAUCGACGCCCAUGUACAGCUCUGCAUUGUGUAACGUGCCACUGCUUGUGGAUCAUCUGUUUCAUCAGCACAUCAGACUUCAAUAAAAUAUGUUAUUGUUCAUGUUAA